UUUAUGUAAUAUUUUUGUAUUACUUGAAAUUUUUAACUCUUUGGCAACUUAAAAAUAUUGGGUAUUUUUUAAAAAGGAAAAAAAAUGUGUCAGAAUGUGUAAAAUUCUCACAUUUCAUUCUAUAAUUGAAGCAUAAAAAUAGCUUAAUUUUUCUUUAUUCUUCUAAAUAAUGCAAAAGUCUUCUAAAUUUUAGUAUUACGUUUUUAUGCUGGAAAAUAGUUUGCGAAUAGAGUAUAAGACAAUUGCCAGAACAGCUGGUCGCGUAAUGUAAAGCAAAAGUAAAAUAAUAAAAAAAUAUAAAAUUAAAAAUUUAAAGUGCAACAAAAAGUCCAAAAAUUAAAAGUGAUCAGUUCUGCUUACACAAUCUAUAAAAUCAUUAAAUUGCCACAACAUGCAGGCCCAUCAUGCCAUGCCCGAUUUUCGCUGCCGCAGCACCUGCACGCACAGAGAGUGCCAGCGCCACGCCCACCUCGGCAUCAUUAAUCAAGAGGAGCAGUGCAAGUGCUUGGGCGAAGUGAAUGCCUCCUCCAUCUUUCUCGAGAAUGUCUUAGACUUGUCCAAUACGCUGGCGCAAAUAAUGAUUAUCUGUGGCAUACACGAAUGCAAGGCGAAAUCCACCGUUGAUGUGGUCACUUAUGCCUUUCUGCACUAUGAUCAGGUGUGCUAUUGCAUUGAUACAACGCCGAAGAAGCGCCUGCGUAAAGAGGAUCUGUUCCAUGAGCUGGGCAAGCGGUGCUUGAUGAAUCGUGUCGAAGCACAUCUCGCUUAUACGAUUAUCAAGCGCGGCUUCAAAGCCUUCUACUACCAACCGAAUGAUGAAUUGCGUCAGAAUGAUGGACGACCGACGUUCUCCGAGGAAUGUGUUUAUGUUCAUGCCGCGCGAAAAACUGCCGAAAGCUAUGCACGCUACGAUGGCUUGUCGUGUGAGGAGCAGCGCGGUUUUGAGGCGAAAAUUAAGGUGGCCUACAAGAAGUUCUAUGAUCGCAUGCUGACGCGCCGCAACCAACCGGAAGGUGAGGAUUGUAACUGCUGUUUCUGUGCUAAGAAACGUGGUCAUCUCAUCUAUGGCAAGCAGCCACCACGCGAGACACCCAAGAAGAAGGAGCCGCAUCGCUGUCCGUAUUGCUGCCAAAAGAAGAAGAAGAAGCUUAUACAUGCCGGACGUGCCGGUGCGAAGUGUCCGAAAUGCCAUCGUGCAUUACGUUAUUGCGUCUGUCCGAAGUAUGACUUCGAUCUGGAUUGGGUGAAGAGUAUUUGGUUCCGACCCGAUAUGGACUUGUACUACAAGGAGACUAUUGAAGAACGUCCGAUAGCUAAGAGUGGUUGCGAACCGGACGAACCAGAGCCAGAGAUAAAGGGUUGCGAUUCGAAAGAGAUUCCGAAAGAAGAGAUGGAGGAAGAGGAUGAAGGCGAAGAAGGCGCAGAGGGUGCGGACGUUACGGGUCCGGCUGAUCAACCUGCUGCCAUAGAUAUCGACAUGGCGGUAGAAGAGGAGGAAGAGGGUGAACAAUGAGAACACCGUAAUUAUUGGAAAUAAUAGAAAGAGUGCCACAAUAGCGUAAUGCUGUAGUGAUGAUAAAUACGAUAAGAGAACGCCACAAUAUGAGAUAAAGUGAUACUGAGGGAGUAAUAUUUUGGAUAUAAAAAUUUUUAUGUAAAUAUUUUGAUACACUGCAAUUCUGGAUGUAAUAAAAGAACAAACCAAA